CUGUAUUCAGUGACACAAAAGCAUUUUUAGCUUUCAGGUUCUGACAAAUCCUGCUGUAACAACAACUGCCUCCUUUCCCCGCCUCUCCUUUCUUAACUCUCCCACAACUCAAAAAAUGAGAUGGAGAACCUGGUAUUUAUCUUCUAGCACCAUCAGCAUUUUUCACCUCUCUGAUUUCUAUGUGGCUCUUUAUUUGCUAUUUUCAAGUUAACUUGCUGCAGCAUCAUAGAAACAAUCAGACUCUGAGAAACAAGCCUCACAUGUGGUUUCUCUUCAUCAGACCUAAAUGAGACUACAUUAAUUUGAAGAUAACUGAGAGAGAGGAGUUAAGACUGUACAAGAUACCGACAAAAGCUUUUGACUCUCUACUGCACAGAAAUUAGCUACAAUUUGAACUGAGCACUAACAGAGUUAAAAAUCAAGAUCUUCCAGGACAGAGAUAAGAGUAACAUCAUGGCCUCCCUGGGUUUGCAGCUCCUUGCUUUCAUCCUGGCCAUAUGUGGGGUCUCUGGAGUGCUCACGGCCACUCUGCUGCCUAACUGGAAAGUGAAUGUGCAUGUGGGCUCCAACAUCUUGACAGCCAUUAGACAACUCCAUGGGCUGUGGAUGGACUGCACAUGGUACAGCACUGGGAUGUUCAGCUGCAUGCUGAAAAACUCGAUCUUGUCCCUCCCGCUCCACGUGCAGGCUGCCAGAGCCAGCAUGGUCCUGGCAUGUGUUCUGUCUGUCUUGGGGAUCUGCAUUUCCAUCAUAGGAAUGAAAUGCACUCACUUAGGAGGGGAUCAAGAAACCAAGAGUCAGGCUUCCUUAGCUGGAGGAGUCUGUUUCAUGUCCUCGGGGAUCUCUGGCUUAAUACCCACAGUGUGGUACACAAAGGAGAUCAUCGUAAAAUUUCUGGAUCUAACAGUUUCAGAAAGCAACAAAUAUGAGCCUGGAGGAGCUGUUUAUAUAGGAUUCCUUUCAGCAACGUUGUUGUUUAUCUCUGGCAUUCUUUUCUGCAUUUCCUAUACUAAAAAGAAUCCAGAAGUCUGGCUGUCCCUUCCCAAGCAGGAGCAGCCCUCUACUGCUCAGUUAGAAAACAGUUCUGCAUACAACCUGAAGGAUUAUGUGUAAAUAGGUAUCAGAUUUAUUUUUUAUUUCCUCUACGAAGAGUAUAAAAUACUUUAAAAACUACUAAGUAGUUUAAA